CGUGCAUGGCGAGAAAACAGUCAUCAGUGUUGGAUUGCUCAGGUCUGCUCACUGUCAUCAUAACGUGAUUGCUCAGGCUUGCUAUCAGUCUGUUUUGAAGAUGGCUGAAGAAGCUGAAGAUGUCAACAACAGUUCCGGAGACAGCAGCAAAGAAUCUUAUGAGAUUCUGGAGAGCUGGCAGGAUACCGCCGGGCGGGACGCAGACAAGGACAAAGCCGCGGAGGAGGGUGGCUGGUCGGCUCCGAUCUUGUCGCUUGCCAGGAAAGCCUCGGAGAGUUUGACGAGCGUCAGUGGAAACGCUUUAAGGUCUGCAGCGGCUGUGUCAGUGGGAUUAUCAGGCAAACAGCAACCCGCCACAAGCGAAAACAACCCUCCGAAAACAGCUGUGAAGGACCACAUGGCUGUGGAGCGCUCCAACCUGUUGAAUAUGAUGCAGCUGAGCGUGAAGGUGCUGAUCCAGUCUGCUGUGAGUCUGGGCCGCUCGCUAGACUCUCACUCCCCCCCGCUGCAGCAGUUCCUUGUGGUCCUGGAGCACUGCCUGAAGCACGCACUCAAAGCAAAGAAGUCGUUCAUUGGACAGAACAAGUCCUUCUGGGCUCCCCUGGAGCUGGUGGAGAAGCUGUGCCCAGAGUCAGCAGACAUUGCAGCCAGCGCUCGGGAUCUACCAGGGCUGAAGACCUGUGUUGGGCGAGCAAGAGCCUGGCUUCACCUGGCCCUGAUGCAGAAGAAAGUGGCUGACUACAUGAAGGCUCUGAUUGAGCGCAAGGACCUGCUCAGUGAGUUCUACGAGCCAGGCGCGCUGAUGCUGGAGGAGGAGGGCGCAGUGGUUGUGGGCCUGCUGGUGGGACUCAACGUCAUUGAUGCAAACCUGUGCUUGAAAGGAGAGGACCUGGAUUCUCAGGUUGGCGUCAUUGACUUCUCAUUGUAUUUCAAGGAUCCCCAAUCUAAUGAAAGCCACAAAGAUGAUGAGGAAAUGACCGCUAUACUAGACCAGAAGCACUACAUUGAAGAACUGAAUCGCCAUUUAAGCUGCACAGUGGCUGAUCUCCAGGCCAAGUUGGACUCUUUGGAGAAGGCUAACUCAAAGCUCAUUGAAGAGAUGGCUGCCGCGACAGACCGGAUUCAGGCUCUGGAGGAGGAGCAGGAGCAGCUAAGAGAGGAGAACUCAUCCAUCAAGCAAAGCAGCGAGCGCAGAGUGGAGGUAACGAAGCAGGACAGCGAGGUGGAGCUGGAGACAUACAGGCAGUCGCGGCAGGGCCUGGACAAGAUGUACAACGAGGUGUGGAAACAGUACAAGGAGGAGAAGAGAAUCCACCAGGAGCUGCAGAAGGAGCUGGAGCUGCAAGUGGGGAUGAAGCAGGAGAUGGAGCUGGCCAUGAAGCUGUUGGCGAAGGACACACAUGACAAGCAGGACACGCUGGUUGCGCUGCGGCAACAACUGGACGAGGUCAAAACAAUCAACCUGCAGAUGUUUAACAAGGCGCAGAGCGCAGAGGGCCUGGUCCAGCAGAAGAACGAGAUCAUCACUCAGCUGGAGGAGAAGAUUAAUCAGAUGGGGUCUGCCAUGAAACAAAUGGACGAGAGGAUGCAGAGCUCGGAGCAGGGCAGGAAGGAGGCUAGUGAGAAGGACCGGGACAUGAAGCAGGAGCUGACUGGGAAGGUGGAGGCUCUGCAGAGACAGCUCACAGACCUGGACAAGCACUGCGCGGGGCUGGAGAAUCAGUUGAAAUCAGAGAAGGAGCAGAGACAGGACCUCCAGAGAGAGAUACACAGGGAGAGAGACACCACGACCCAGCUGAGAACACAGCUCCAGCAAGUGGAGGGCCUGGAAAAGGAGCUGUCAGACCUGAAGGAUGAGAAGAAGCAGCUUCAGAAGAUCUGUGAGGAACAGGAGCAGGCUCUGCAAGAAAUGGGUCUCCACCUCAGCCAAUCAAAACUAAAAAUGGAAGAUUGUAAAGAAGUCAACAAAGCUCUGAAGGGCCAAGCCUGGCUGAAGGAUGAUGAAGCAGCUCAGUGUAAACAGUGCCAAAAGGAGUUCUCCAUCGCACGCAGAAAGCAUCACUGCAGGAACUGUGGGGAUAUCUACUGUAACUCGUGUUCAAGUAACGAGCUCUCUCUGCCAUCCUACCCCAAAGCAGUGCGGGUCUGCGACACCUGCCACACGUUCUUACUGCAGAGGAGCUCCUCCAGCAGCUCCUGAAUCCACGGAGGAGGAGGGGUGCACCGGCCCCACGUUCUGACUGCAGAGCAGCUCCUGACUGCACCUGCCUGAGCCUCCGCGGCAUUGGGGAUCUUUAACUUUGUUAAGCGCUUCUGAAGUGGGAGACCUUUAUUACUGCAUAGCUGGGAAUGAAGCUGCUUGUGUGCUAUUGGAUGAAACAACGGCUGUAUUUCAAAAUGCAGGUACAUUAACUACACUUUCACAUUGUCCCCUUGCAUUCGUGCAUUGAGCACGAGAAUAACUACUGUGUAAUAGACGUACCGUAUAUAGUUCAGUAUCUUCACUUAUAGUGAACACGGUACCUAUAGGAUGCAGUAGAUAAUGUACUUGUAUUUGGAUGUGUACACAAACACUAGGCACUCCGUUAAGAUCUGUAUAAGAUUUUGUAGAUCACACGUUGCUUGCAAUAUUGGGAACAUAUCUGAAACCGAAUGUAUUUAGUACUAUUGUUUUUAUAGAUCUUUCCUAUAGAUUUUGGAGAUGUUAUUAAGGUGCAUGAAUAAAAUGUGCACCCCAUUUUUAUGAUUAUAAAAUAUAAAUAAAUAAAAGUACCAUCAUGUUCUUAAUGUUGGGUUACUUUACUGAUUACUACAGAUGUCUAUUUUGAUUGAAAUCCUUGCAUGCUAGUUCACACAUACACAUCACAAUUGAAUGUGUUGCAGUUCAUUUUUUAGUUUGCAUAUGCUUUAGUGCUUCAAUCAUUUUUCUUAAUAUCAAAAUGAAAUAGUUUUCUAUUGCUGCAAUUAAACCCUAUAUUACUAUAUUUCUGAAUGUGUCAAUGCUGGGAAAGAGAAGAACAAGACUGUUAAAUCUGUUUUUAAUAUUGUACUGUAAAAAUAUUUGGUUACUGUGCCUUCGUAACAAAUAAAUAUAAUUCAGAAUCAG